GUAAGCUGUACUUAAGCGCGUUCGGACGGCGCCUCAGCAAUCGCCUUCGCAUGACCCCUCCGUAGCCGUCCGGCGAGGUUUAAUUUUUCAUGGCGCCCACUCCGCUAACAAGUGCUAGAGCACGCACGCUUACAUUUGCCUCUACACGAAGAACAAUGGUCAGCGUCGCUAUGAAUUUGCAAGCUGCGCCAGCAAAGACGGCAGUAAAAGAGGCCUGCAGCUGCAGCGGGCGACAGACGUAUCACGAUGACAUGGCCAAAACGUUAUAUACCGAGGCGGACAUUAGCAAGCGCGUGGUUGAACUUGGCCGACAAAUAGCGCAAGACUAUGAGGGCAAGGCGCCGCUUGUUUUGGGGGUGCUAAAAGGCAGCUUCAUGUUCUUCUCCGACCUCGUCCGGGCUGUUGAGCCCUGCCCACGCGGCCUUACUAUGGACUUCAUCCGCGCUUCGAGCUACGGGUCGGGGACAGAGUCCUCGGGCGAUGUGAAGCUCAAGACGGAUCUGAAGCGCGAGAAGGUGGAGGGCCGGCAUGUGCUGCUGGUAGAGGAUAUCGUGGACACCGCCCUCACCAUCACCACCGUCAUCCGCCACCUGCAGGAGUGCGGAGCCGCCUCCGUGGCGGUUGCCACGCUGCUGGACAAGCACGAGCGCAGGCGGCUGCCGUACAGGCCCGAGUACGUGGGAUUCGUGUGCCCCAACGAAUUCGUUGUCGGUUACGGACUGGAUUUCGACGAGGAGUACCGCAGCUUGCCGUACAUUGGGGUGCUGAAACCCGAGUGCUACGCACACCUGGGGCUUGAUGGGGCGGAGCCGGAUGGCUCGGGGGACAGCGGGGAUGAGUGAGCUGCGCGCGCGGAGAGGGGAGAGGAGAGGGGAUUCUUGAGAGGGAGCUCUAGGGAAGGGGAAGGACAGGACGGGGACGGGGAGGGUGUAAGACGUCUUAAGGCAGUCAUGGUAGUGAGGGGGGCUUCAUCACGAAAGGAGUGGGUGGAGGGAUGCGGGUACCCGGAGUGGCAUGGUGUUUGGGGCUGCUCUGUUUGCUCGGUUUGGGCGGUGGGGUGUGUCUUUGCAGGAGGGCGGUUGUAGAUUGUAUUAGGUAAUUAAGGAGACGGGGCGGGGAUUGCUCAUUACAGCAUGUUUUCGGCACAAUGGAUUGCUACACUGUGACUCUUCUGACGACUUGCGUUCUGUUUCGGCUAUGGCCGGUUAAGCCGGCAAGGCUCCGGUCUCUCCCCUUUCCUUAGGCGGGCGACUCGGGAGGGGUCUAUACGGUGCGGCGCGCGUGCAGGGUGCAUGCGAGGGGGGUAUGGAAGCAACCGUAUGCGUGCUUUGUGUUUUGUGGUUUCCCCGGCUGGGUACUCCCCGGCUGAGUGGUUACCCCUCCUCCCCGGGGGGUAUGGUCCGGUAUGGUCUUUAAACCCCCCGGGGGGUCAAGCUGGUUUGACGAACCAGCCUGGCCAACUUGACGACGUGUUUGUUACCGCACUUGAGUUCGCGUUCGCAGGGCCGGCCGCAGAACGCACAUGGCUCGAUAGGCUACACGAAAGGCGACUGUUGGUAUCAUGUUGGAGGGAGUACUGCUAGUUUUGUAGUUUGCGAUAGACCUUGUAGUGUAGAUAUGCUUCUUAUGAUGACGUCCGCCUUCUUCAGUCUUUUAUAGAAUGACCACCGUACCGGUGCAGGCUGGCUCUGUGGCUAUAGGGCCAAAAGCUGCGUACCGGAACCGAGACGAUAUGGCUGACGUUAUGAUGAUGGUGAUGAGAUAGGUGUGUUCUGCACUUGACGGACUUCAGAUGAUACGCUGAGAAGGGCGAGUUGCCUUGGAGGGCGCUGAGAGCCCCUGCCAGCAGCGAGCGCGAAAGGAAACCGCUGAUGGGACGUGAUGUGCGCAUGCGUUCUGGAAAGCUUAUGAACUUAAUAGGAACAUCAAAGGAAAGGAGUUGAUACGGGGGGGGGUUGAUACGCUGGCGGGUGCGUAGUGGGAGGGCCUUGCGGGUGUGUUGCUUUGGGGAGGUAUUCCGUUAUCCUCGGUAUCAUUCUGGGAGUGAUACAUUGAUGCGCAGCACGGGUGCGCUCCUCUUGGGACCGACGAGCUGCAGAUAGCGUCAUGUUGUUGUAUAAACGCGCACGUUGCAUGGAUGGUAUGCGCGUGCUACCGGUAUUCGUGCGAAUGCGGCCUCUGUGCACCGCACCUGUGAUGUUGGAACGGUCUCGCAA